CUACGGACAACUGGCUAGUUAGCGGCCGUUGGAAACAAAACCGCACUCCACUUAAAGCAAGUUCUCAUGUUAUCCUAGCUAAACCUCAUUUCAGAUUUAACAGUUUUCAUCUACGGGGUUCACACUUUCAAGGAGAAGAUGGGAGUACCGAAAUUUUACCGAUGGAUUUCAGAGCGAUAUCCCUGCCUCAGUGAAGUUGUCAAGGAACAUCAGAUUCCAGAGUUUGACAAUCUCUAUCUGGAUAUGAAUGGUAUUAUCCACCAGUGUUCGCACCCCAACGACGAGGAUGUCCACUUUCGCAUUUCAGAGGAGAAGAUUUUCGCCGACAUCUUCCAUUACCUGGAGGUGCUCUUCAGGAUCAUCAAGCCCCGCAAGGUGUUCUUCAUGGCUGUGGACGGCGUGGCACCAAGGGCAAAGAUGAACCAGCAGAGAGGACGGAGAUUCAGGUCUGCCAAAGAAGCUGAGGACAAGAUAAAAAAAGCUCUGGAAAAAGGAGAGGUGCUUCCCACAGAGGCUCGCUUCGACUCCAACUGUAUCACUCCUGGCACUGACUUCAUGGCGAGACUCCAGGAGCAGCUGAAGUAUUUUGUUCACAGCAAGUUGUCCACGGACAAGCUGUGGCAGAACGUCAAUGUCUACCUGUCGGGUCACGAGACUCCAGGGGAGGGGGAGCACAAGAUCAUGGAGUUUAUUCGCUCUGAGAACAGAAAGCCCUAUCACGACCCCAACACCCGACACUGCCUGUACGGCCUCGAUGCCGACCUGAUCAUGUUGGGUCUGACCAGCCACGAGCCAAAUUUCUCCCUGCUCAGAGAAGAGGUCCGCUUUGGAGGGAAAAAAAACCAGAAAAGGAUAACGGCUCCAGAGGAGACAACCUUUCAUUUGCUUCACUUGUCUCUGAUGAGGGAGUACAUCGAUUAUGAGUUCUCUGGGCUCAGGCAUGACCUCGGUUCUAAGUAUGACCUGGAACGAAUAAUAGACGACUGGAUUCUAAUGGGCUUCCUAGUGGGGAACGAUUUCAUCCCUCACCUCCCAAAUCUUCACAUCAGUCAUGACGCUCUGCCGCUGCUGUACAGGACUUACAUCUGUGCUCUGCCCACCAUAGGGGGUUAUCUCAAUGAGAACGGCCACCUGAACCUCAGAAACUUUGAGAAAUACUUGGAGAAGCUUGCUGAGUUCGAUCGAGAACAUUUCAAUGAGGUCUUCGUGGACUUGAAGUGGUUCGAGAGUAAAGUUGGUAACAAGUAUCUGAACGAGGCGGCCGGGUUGGCGGCAGAAGAGGAAGCUGCCAACAAAGAGAGCAACAAGAAUGAGGAUUCUGUCUCAUCAGGACGGCUGAUCGGAGAAGGAAAAGGAGGCGAUGAUGAGGAAGAGGAGGAUGACAUGUUUGAGACCGAGUUCAGACAGUACAAGCGCACGUACUAUAUGACCAAGAUGGGCGUGGAUGUUGUGUCUGAUGAGUUCCUGGCCAGACAGGCGAAGUGUUAUGUGGAAGGUAUCCAGUGGAUUCUUCACUACUACUACCACGGGGUUCAGUCCUGGAGCUGGUACUACCCCUACCACUACGCUCCCUUCCUGUCCGACAUCAGGAACAUCGCCGAUUUGAAGUUGACCUUUGACAUCGGGAGACCCUUCAUGCCCUUCCAGCAGCUGCUGGCCGUCCUGCCUGCUGCCAGCAUGGAGCUGCUGCCUCAGAGCUACAGGCACCUGAUGUCCAGUGAAAACUCGCCCAUCAUUGAGUACUACCCUGUUGACUUCAAAACGGACCUCAAUGGCAAGCAGCAGGAGUGGGAGGCUGUGGUUCUCAUCCCCUUCAUAGAUGAGAGGUUGUUGCUCGCAGCCAUGGAGCCCUAUAAUGACAAGAUGACGAAAGCGGAGAAGGACAGGAACUGUCACACAGACUGUGCGGUUUACUCGCACGACUCUGAAGUAGACUUCCCCCUGACCUCCAGCCUGCCGCAGCUCUUCCCUGACAUCGUCCACUGCAAAGUCAGGAAAGUAAACAUCCCUAUGGAUGCUUGGCACGUCCCGCUGGACCAUGUCAGCAGACGCCUCGACCGCUCGGCUCUGUACUUCUGCGGCUUCCCCACCCUGCAGCACAUCAAACACAAGUUUUCCAAGAAGAAGAGUGGAGUGGUCGUGUUCCAGCAGAGCAGCAGAGGGGAGAACAUGAUACUGGAUAUCCUUCACAGUGAUCAAAGAGAGACGCUAUGUGAUGAUGUUGCUGCAAAGGUUCUUGGGAAGUCUGUGUUUGUCAACUGGCCGCAUCUAGAGGAAGCACGCAUCAUUGCCGUGUCAGAUGGAGACGUCAAGUUUUGUUUAGAGGAACCGCCUGGUGUCCAACAACUGUACGACAGGUCUUCCACCCCUCCUCCCACCAAAGUCAACUGCCUGUCUGACAAGGAGCAGAAGGACUGGGUGAAGGACGUGCAGGGGAUCACUGAACAUUUCAUGAAGAGGAAAGGCAUCAUAGUGAAUGAGACGUCUGUGGUUCUGUACGGCCAGACGCUGGCAGGAAGGAAAUACGUCCCCAAAGCCAACGGGGUGGUGGAGCUUGAGAAACAGUGGGCCAAGCAGGUCCUCCCUUUCGCCUUCCAGACCGUGGUGAAGGACAUUGAGGCCUUUUGCUCAUCCCAGAGCUGCUUCAGGAGCCUAGACGAGCUUUUCCCUCCAGCAACAAAUGUCUUCAUGGUCGGAAACCCUUACUACGGAGCCAUGGGCGAGGUGCAGGACUCUAGUGAUGUCAUCAAAGAAGGCCGUGUACGAGUGGUCUUCAACGUGCCGCACGAGCCACAGCUGGAGCCCUUAAUUCAGAAUCAGCACAAGUACUGUGUGAAGUACAGUCCUGGGUACAUCCUGGCUUCUCGGCUCGGCGUCACCAGCUACCUUGUCUCCCGCUUCUCAGGAAGCAUCUUCAUUGGCCGAGGCUGUAAGAGGAAUCCCUGUGGCGAGCAGAAAGCAAACGUCGGCCUGAACCUGAAGUUUAACAAGAAGAACGAGGAGGUUCCCGGUUACACCAAGAGAACGGAGAAGGAGUGGCUCUACUCUGCUGCUGUGGAGGAACUGCUGGCCGAAUACCUGGACAGAUUCCCUGAGGUGUUCAACUUGGUGUCCAGGAACAGUCAUGAUGACGUUUUCUAUGAAGACGACAUCUGGCCCGGAGCGGACGUGAAUGGGCCGGAGAAGGUAUCUGAAAUCACCUCAUGGCUGAAAAGUCACCCAGUGAGCUCCAUCAGCAGGUCGUCAUGUGACCUACAGGUGCUGGACUCGGCCAUUGUGGAAAGGAUCGAGGAAGCGGUGGAGAAAGCCAAGGUGAAGAAGAGCACCAAGAAAGUCAGAGUGACCGUCAAGCCUCAUCUCCUCUUCAGGCCCUUAGAGCAACAUCAGGGUGUGGUGCCCGACCCGGAUUCAGAGUAUCGCCUGUUUGACCGAGUCAUCAACACCAGGGAGGGCUUCUCCGUCCCCCUGGGACUCAGAGGGACCAUCAUCGGCAUUCAAGGAGCGGAGCGUGAGGCCGAGGUUCUCUACGAGGUGCUUUUUGACGAUGAGUUUGCAGGGGGUCUCAACAUCAGGUGUAAGUCCCCCCGUGGUUACCGCAUCCCUCCCUGCGCCCUCAUCAACCUUACCCAUGGAGUGAGAGUGGAUCAAAGCUCCCACAAGCUCACCGCCAUCGUCAAACCUCAGCCCGCCACAGCCGCAAACUUCAGCUCCCAACGCCAGGUGUCCGGCCUCAACCACUCCCCGCGGUCCCCCUUCACUCCCACACAGCAUAACAGUAAACACGGCAUGGUGAAAGCAGCCUCCCAGGGCAACAGGGACUCUCCCUCUAAAGGUCCCGUGCAGAAACAGCAGGCCAAGGAGUACAACAAUGUGUGGCAGUCUCUGCAGAACUCCGGCCCCCCUCUACAACCUCCUGCUCACUGGCACAAUGCCCCAGUUGGUGGCAUCAGACUGUUGAAGAAAAAUGAAGACGUCAGCUCCCUUUCCCCCCCUCAGAACACAGCCAAUAAGUCUACAACUGAGUUUGAGGACCUGAUAGCCAGCCUUCAGAUCUCAAAGGGCCACCAGCAAGCCCCUCUGCCUCCUGCUCCCCAACAAGUUCCCUCAAGCCAAUCAGAUGGCCCGCUGUCUCCGCAGUCCUUCGCCAUGAAGGGGACCCUGAUGCUGAAGGAGAUGCUAAAGAUCGACGGCGCUGGAACAGGAAGUCCCUCCCCACAGGAGGCAGCCGGUGGCCAGCAGCCGAACAGGAGACGGUCGAACAAGAAACUGGCAGCCAAUAUGAACUCCCCCCACGGUGACGGCCCUGUUAUACCCCCUCCAAAUCUCUCCAACGCCGUACUGAACAGUAAGGUGUCGGAGCUGGCAUGCAUCUGUGUGGGGUUAGGAAUGGCACCGCCCGAUUUCAGCUACAUAAGCAACAGACAGACUGUCGUGUGUCAGGUGAAGCUGUCCAAUGGGCUCAUGGUUCACGGUCCCCAGUGCCAAUCAGAAAAUGAUGCCAAGGAAAAAGCUGCCUUCUUUGCCCUCCAGAGACUGAGCUCAUUGGGAUCGGGCUUCCCCCUCCCACCUGCUCUCUUCCCAGGAGUGGGUCAGAUACGACCCCAACCCUUAGGAGGCAUGAACCCCGUCUUCAGCCAACAAGGCGGUAUGCUGCUGCCUCCCCAGGGCUUCGGCCCCGGCCCUCUCUGGGGGAUGCCGCUGCCUCCUCACCACCACCCGAACCAGCAGUUCUUCGGAGCACCAGGAGCCUUUCCCGGGGCCCCCCGCCCCCAGAACCCUGCCACACUGCCCAUCGGCUCACACAACCAGUUUGUCCCGCUACAGGUGACCAAGAAGCGAGUGUCCGCCAACAAGAAGAACCAGGACACUCGGGAGUUUUACAGCGCCGCCCACACUGUGACCAGGAACCAAUCACAGAAAGCCCAGAACCAGCCCUUCGGCGAUCAGCUCGCUCAGGGCGAACCCCAGGGCGGCCGAGUAGCAGACCCCGUCUCCACGAUGACGACAGCAGCCCCACACACCCCUCCUCGACAAAACGUCCCGGCGACAGGCCACACCCCAAGCUCCUCCGCCAAGAAGAAGCACCGGAAACUGGCCGUCAACUUUGAGGCGGCAAAAGUCUCCGAGUGAUGAGCUGGUGCAUGUGUGUGUAUGCGAAUGUGUGUGUGAGGAGAGAGAAAUGUGCCAGGUGUUUUUAAGCAGCUGUUUUAAAGCCUGACUCAGCAUCUCUGAUCAAAACCUCAUCAAUGUGAACGAUGUUUCACACAGCAAUAAUAAUGUCGCUAAUACUUGCUACGUGUAUAAACAUACUUAUAAGGUGUCAAUGUGGUGAUUUAAUAUGCUAAUAGCACUAUAUAAUUAUAGUUACAAGCACUUUUAAAUAUCCAUAAUACAAAAAAAACACUAUGAUCCUUUAAAAAAAGCCAAUAUGACGUAAGUCAUGAUGAAAUGCUUUAUAAUGUGUUGUGAUUAUUGUUAGAAAACAUUAUGAAUGUUUAUGAGUCCUUGUAACUCUACAGUGCUAUAUAAUGCAUUCUAAGUAUGUUUAUAUCACAUUAUAGACCUGGUGUCAUAGAAAGUGUUAGUUUAUACUCGUAUGUAGUGCACAAACUACCUUAUACACACCACACCCCUGAGAUCCUGGCUUCAGUGUAACCCUGGUUUUUGCUUUGGACCGCUGAGAGGCGGGAGGGAUUCACAGACUUGAGUUGCUCUUGCCUUAGUUUUGGAUUCUCAGGGACUUUAUCUCUGCACACUGAAGCCUCAGACUUGCACUCAAGUGUCAACUACUUCCUGGUUCCUAAUACUUAGUUAUUCGCAUGUACGUCUUUAGAAAACUAUGAUACGUUUUUUAUUAUUUAUGCAUUAAAUAAAACAUAGCUUUCUAUCAUGGCUAAGCUUGUACAUACUGAUCACUUGAAGGCUGUUGGUGAGGUUUGGAUCAGCGGUGUUAAUCGGGCUGACAGCGAUGAUGUGUUUUAAUGUUGUUUUUUAAUCCUCCCCCACCAAGUCUUUUAUUUCCUUGAGACUUCUGAAGCUUUGCUUCAUUUUUAUACUUUUUUAUGUAUGGUUUGUAAACGACGGCACCAAAGUAAAAAGUUAGAGUUCAGAAUUAUGACAUGACCAACUAUUGGAAUAAAAAAACAUUAUGAUGACACAGCCACUGCAGAAGUGUUUCACACCAGCGCACCAGUCAGAUUCCAUCUACAGUGUUGGAAAUGACAGGCUUUUUCUUUUUUCUCCAUUACAUUUUUAUAAAAGUUGUGAAGAAGUCCUUUUUUAAUUUUAAUGUGGUCUGCAAACUAAUGUCAGAUUUGUCGAGUUUUGUUGGACCUCCAGAUGGUAGCAGAUUAUUGUGGCUGAUUUUACACACGUGCAAAGAAAGAGGAAACAAUAUUUGAAGCUUCCACUAGUGUGUUUUUUAAAAAGAUCUGACAUUUUUUUCUUGUGAAUUUGGGAAGUUACAAAGUUUAUAAUUCGUGUAUGUUUAAAACGUCUCUACUAAUUUGUCUUUAAGAUUUAUUUUAGAAACGUUGCAUGGUGUUUUUCUGAAACGGUUUGAAGAUUUAAAAUUCUGAGAAGUAUAACACUCUUCAUUUGGAUUUUUAUUUUUUGCCAAGAUACAUAUUUUAUGGAUACUCUUUUCCUAAACAAACUUGGGAUCUUUUGUAAGCAAAGUAUUGUUUCAAUAAUGUUUGAGUUGGAAAUGCAGUGCUGGAAGCAACUGUAGCGACUUAAAUUCAGUGUCUUUACUUUGUCCUGUAUGGAGGCACACAGGCAUGCAGUAUGUUUGUAGUGUGAAUGCCAUUUUAAAGCUGAUAUCCUUACACCGACGCUGGGACUCUACAGGUUUUGUAGGGCUCGAGUGGGAUGUUUUUAAAAAAUUUGGAAAUGAAGGCACACCUGUUGUAUAUGUAAUUUUUGUUUGAAAAAAUGAAACAAAGUACGCAAUUUUCAACAUGAAGAGCUAAUGAUUUGCUUUUUUUGAUCCAGGAAUGUGCUGUACAUAUCCAUUUAAUAAAUUACGUUUUUGUUA